GAAGUGCGUAAUCACCCAGCGCCGGCGCUGCACAGGCGCUCCGGGACGCUUACUUAAGUUUCUGAUGCUUGCUCCGCGUGGAGAGGGUCCCGGACAGGAACGGGGAUUGUUCCCUCCUCGGCGCCGCCAUGCAGGUCUCCAGCCUCAACGAGGUGAAGAUUUACAGUCUGAGCUGUGGCAAGUCCCUUCCCGAGUGGCUUUCUGACAGGAAGAAGAGGGCACUUCAGAAGAAAGAUGUCGAUGUCCGUAGGAGAAUUGAACUUAUUCAGGAUUUUGAAAUGCCUACUGUUUGUACCACUAUUAAGGUAUCAAAAGAUGGGCAGUAUAUUUUAGCAACUGGAACAUAUAAACCUCGAGUUCGAUGUUAUGACACCUACCAGUUAUCCUUGAAGUUUGAAAGGUGUUUGGAUUCAGAAGUUGUCACCUUUGAAACUUUGUCUGAUGACUAUUCAAAGAUUGUCUUCCUGCAUAAUGACAGAUACAUCGAAUUUCAUUCACAGUCAGGUUUCUACUACAAAACCAGAAUACCAAAGUUCGGGCGAGAUUUCUCUUACCAUUAUCCGUCCUGUGACUUGUACUUUGUUGGCGCAAGCUCUGAAGUUUAUAGAUUAAACUUGGAACAAGGACGGUACCUGAAUCCUCUUCAGACGGAUGCUGCGGAGAAUAAUGUUUGUGACAUAAAUUCAGUGCAUGGCUUAUUUGCCACAGGAACGAUAGAGGGCCGAGUAGAGUGUUGGGACCCGAGGACUCGGGGCCGAGUUGGUGUGUUAGACUGUGCGUUGAGUAGCGUCACGGCUGAUUCCGAAAUAAACAGUUUGCCAACGAUCUCUGCUUUGAAAUUUAAUGGUGCCUUGACCAUGGCUGUUGGAACAUCCACAGGGCAGGUUUUAUUGUAUGAUCUUCGAUCUGAUAAGCCAUUGCUAGUUAAAGAUCACCAAUAUGGGUUGCCCAUUAAAUCAGUUCACUUCCAGGAUUCCUUAGAUUUGAUUUUGUCCGCUGACUCUCGAAUUAUCAAAAUGUGGAAUAAGAACUCAGGAAAAAUAUUUACUUCCUUGGAGCCAGAACAUGACCUUAAUGAUGUCUGCCUCUACCCCAACUCAGGAAUGCUUCUUACCGCCAAUGAAGCCCCCAAGAUGGGCAUCUAUUAUAUUCCGGUUUUGGGUCCUGCUCCCAGGUGGUGCUCCUUCUUGGACAACUUGACAGAAGAAUUAGAAGAGAACCCAGAAAGCACAGUUUAUGAUGAUUACAAAUUUGUCACCAAGAAAGACCUUGAAAAUUUAGGGCUCACACAUCUCAUUGGAUCACCUUUUCUUCGGGCAUAUAUGCAUGGAUUUUUCAUGGAUAUAAGGCUCUACCAUAAGGUGAAAUUGAUGGUAAAUCCAUUUGCUUAUGAAGAAUAUAGGAAAGAUAAGAUCCGGCAGAAGAUAGAAGAAACACGAGCACAAAGAGUGCAAUUAAAGAAAUUGCCAAAAGUUAACAAAGAGUUGGCACUUAAAUUAAUUGAGGAAGAGGAGGAGAAACAAAAAUCUACCUGGAAAAAGAAAGUUAAGAGCCUUCCUAAUAUUCUCACCGAUGAUCGAUUUAAAGUUAUGUUUGAGAACCCUGACUUCCAAGUAGACGAAGAGAGUGAAGAAUUUAGGCUUUUGAAUCCACUUGUUUCCAAAAUUAGUGAAAAAAGGAAGAAGAAACUGAGACUCUUAGAACAACAGGAACUUCAUGGAAAAGAAGAGGAGGAAGAACCAGAAGGAAAACCAAGUGAUGCAGAAAGUUCUGAGAGUUCAGAUGAUGAAAAAGACUGGGUCGCAGAGGUCAGGAAACAGCGCCGGCUUCUCCAACAGGAGGAAAAAGUGAAGAGGCAGGAACAGCUCCGGGAGGAUCAACAGACGGUCCUCAAGCCGCAGUUCUAUGAGAUCAAAGCUGGCGAGGAAUUCAGAAGCUUCAAAGAUUCGGCCACAAAACAGAAGCUGAUGAAUAAAACCCUUGAAGACCGGUUGAAACUUGAAGCGAAAAACGGAACAUUGAGUGUAUCCGACACCACGGUUGGCAGCAAACAACUGACAUUUACAUUAAAGAAGUCGGAGCAGCAAAAGAAGCAGCAGGAGGCUGAGAAACUGCACCGGCAGGAGAGGAAGGCUGUGCGCCGCUCGGCGGGCCAUCUCAGGUCCCGGCCCCGGCGGGGGCGGCCAUUCCACUGAUUCUGGAGCAGGCCCUGCGCGUGACCCCGAGGAGCUCAGUGCAUCUCCCCCGCCGGAUCGUCGUUCAUUUGUGCGUGUUAGCCACAGCCGGGGUUGGGCAGCCCUCAAGUCCCCGGGAGCCCUCGCAUCUGCAGAGAGAAGUCCAGACUGGGCCAUGGUCCCCAGGCCUCUGGUCAGACUCUGGGGCUGGGCCCGCUGGCCACGUGGCGCCCUGGGGCACCUCUGUGCCGUGUGGCUCCCUGAGAACAUUAUUCCUUCCCCCUGGUUUUAAUCCAGUGUGAGAGGUGGUUGUCUUCGAAUACUGUAAGAGGUGCCCCGUGAGCUGAGAGGGUCUCCUGGGCUGCAGACCAGGGCGCGGGGUUUUCUGGAACUGUCUGCCCUGCCCGCUGCUGCCCACACCUCCGCUUUGCCCCCACCCCCACCCCCACCCCAAGAGGCCACUCCCGUCUCUCCCAACUAUGGGCUUCGGUCAGGUUUGUGUUUUUAAGAAUGUGCCGGUAAGUGUGUUUAUGUGUUGGUCUGGGAUUUUUUUAAACAUAUUUUUAUACCAAGGGAAUGUAAAUUAAAUGGUAAUAGCCAUUUAAAACAGAAAGUGGAAGCUACUGGAUAUUCUUUUAACUUGGCAGAGGAUUAAAUACAGGUUUUUUUUUCCCCCAGUGUCUUAAGUGCAAUUAGAGAUAUACUGGCUGGAGACAACGUUUAUAAAAAUAAAUGCUUUCAUUUGAACAGCU